CGCUCAGCAGCCGCCCCGCCAGGAGGCAGACGGACAUCAGGGAGGCAAGCAGGGGGUUCCUGGGGACUCGUGUCUCUCUCGAAGGGAAAGAAAAACUCAAAAGCCGCAAAGAAGCGACAAAGUGGCGCGCGAUGGAAGCGGUCCACAAGACCCUGAUUUACCGAGGAGACGGGGGCCCCUACCGAAAGCUGAUGCCGGAGAAGAAGCUCUUUUGUUCUGGGAAGGUGCAGGACGAGUCGAAAUACGUGGAGCUGGACAACCUUCUCGAUCUGAAGCCCGAGUGCUCCAAGACUGUCAAGGUAACUUUUACCGGCGAAGGUAACCAUCUGGCCAUCUUCAACUGUAAGAACGGGGUCGGGGCCACCGAGGAAAAGGCGGCGGACGAGAAGAAGUUGGUCGCUGGCGACCUUUCGGACUCUUUGGAAUUCACCUCGUCCUCCGAGAGCUCCCGGGAGAGCGACCUGUCCACCGAGUGCCCAACGGGCGCCCAGGACUACGAGGAGCUGCAGUACACGGACAUUUUCUUAAACCGGAGGGCGGAGAGCCCCGGCAGCCUGACCUCAGACGAGCUCGCGGCGCCGCCAGCGGCGACAACAACAGCAGCCUCGGGGACAGCGGGAGUCUCGGCGGGCGAAGAGCACGAGGAUGAGGCGCACUACAUCACCACCCACGAGAUCCAACUUUGCGAGCUGGACCACGACGUCGACUGCGACUUCGGCCAGGGGUCCUGCUGGGAUUUUGAGGAAGACAACCUGGCGUGCCCUUUCGUGGACUACGCGUCCUUUGACAGCGAUCAGGCUGCGGCGCUGGAGGGCACGGCUGGGGUCGCGGAGCCGCAUGCCGCCCCCGUCCCCACCGCCACCGGGAGAGUUGCAGUCAGCACUACGCGUGAAAGCGAUCCCCUCUGUCACACGGACGCACGCGGCAGCUCGCUGGGGGCUCCGUCGCAGCACCAAAACGGCGGCAGUGGCACUUCUGCGGGCCAGAUCCACCUGUCAAUCAAGGCGACUUCCCGAGCUAUAAAUGAGCCUAGCAACGCGCGCAAGCCACUGGAAAACAGCGGUUGCCAUGCGGAGCGCCUCGGCGGCGGCGGCGGCGACAUGAGCCAAGACUACGCGUUCACAAGCGCGGGCGCAAAGGUCGGCCGAGGCGACGAGGGCGGCAAGUGCUUCAUCGCGGCCCCCCGGCGCCUGCACAUCACCGGCAGGAAGGACCUGGGCGAGUUCCACUCCAGCGGCGCCUCCAGCGCGGUCAGCGAGCUCGACGACGCGGACAAGGAGGUGCGCAGCCUGACGGCUCGGGCGUUCCGCAGCCUGGCGUGCCCCUACCUGGACGCGCUGCAAUUCAGCACCUCGAGCGACUCGUCGGCCUCGUUCACCGAGGGGGUCAACAGGUGGUCCGCCUUCGUGGAUCUCAAGUACGGCAGCCUGGCGAGCGCCGCGGGGCGCAAGAGGUCGACGUUUGAGUUUAACCAGAGUGGCAGCCCCCCCUCCUGCGCUGUGCUCCUCAACGGGGGGGCCGCGCCAGACCCCCCCAAGUCCAAGCCCAAGCCCAAGCCCGACCAGGUGAAUGGCGUGCCCCCCGACGCAGAACAGCUGCUCACCCUGACCGAGACUUUCAAUUUCCGCUGCAACGUGACCGACGAACGGCGUGCGAAAUUGGUCCAAAAUGUCAGCGGAUCACGUUCCACGGAUGAGGUUACAGACGCCCUGCCCCGCGAGCUCGGGACGGGGGCCAGCCAGCCAGCCUGCAAGGCAGGGGAAGCCAUGGAAGGCACGCAGCAGAAAGCGAAGUUCGCCUCGAGCCUCCUCAAAAAUGUCAUCUCCAAGAAAAUGCAGUUCGAGCAGGAGCGCAAGAUGGAACGCGGCGAGAUCUCGGAGACCACGUCGUCCUCCUCCUCCGGCCUCUCGCCCACCCUGGACAGGCUGAUCUCCGGCGAGCCGCGGCUCCUGCGCCGGCAGGGCUCCAGGUUCUCCGAGGCCAGCUCCGAUCACACCGUCGUCUCGACCGACGAGCCCGGCGAGGGGGAGCCGCCGGGGCCGGACGCCGCCAAGGGCCUGCUGCUGCGCAGCCACAACAGCGCCUUCAGGUCGUGGAGAGACGGCGAGAGCGAGCAGAUGGGCGACAAGGGCGAGCAGCGGGACGAGGAGCCGAGCGACGGGAAGGCCACCAAGAUGUCCCACCUCUUCGUGCCCAGCAUCCAGUCGGCUGGCAAGGAGGCGGAAGCAGCCAAGCCCACGGGUCACUUGCAGUAUUCCAGCCGGGCGGUGUCCUACCUGGAAGGAGGGGGCGGAGGCGGGGGGGCCGAGGAGCCGUCACCUGCGCCAGGUGUGCCCAAAUGCGAGGGCGCCUCCAAGUCCCCCGAAAUCAAGAUCAGCCUGAGGAGCGUCAAGGAGAGCAGGGCCAACCCGUUCAACAUCGCCAAGCUGCUCACGCCCAACAUAGGCAGUCAGACGAAGGUGGCAGAGGACUGCAAAAGCCAAGGGCUGCCCCCCAACACCUUCAAGGGCCAGCCGCUGGAAAGGGUGCCCCAAUUCACGGUGAGGGACAUCAGGGACAACAAAUGCAAGCUGCAGACGCCCAUCCACCAGGUGCGAGACGUGCGCAAGCUGGUCAAGAGCUCCUACAACUUUGGGGCCGUGGAUGGCAGCGAUGCCUCCGCUGAGCAAAAAUCCACAUCACAGGGUGGCUUGGGAAAAACCGGCUCUGUCUCUCCGAUUGUCAUCAAGUGCCAGUCUGUAAACACCAAGAACAACCUGCAGCAGGACCCCGAGCUUCCGAAAGCCCAGCCAGGCGAGGAGGUGGCACUAUCGGCCCAUCUCUUGGAGGGCGCCACCAUCAUGUUUCACAGAACGACGGGCAGGAUGCCCCCGCCCGCUGCGGUCAAGCCGCCACAAAAGACAGAACCCUUCGAGCCUGCCGGAGUGCACAUCGAGGCCAAGGCGUUCAAGAGGAAACCGGAAAAUCCCACCGACGCCUCCGAGAAGAAGCCCGAGACCACCUUAGUGAACCAGGCAGCACUGGAGAAGCUGAAAGCCGCCGUGAAGACCAUGGAGCAGCUGUACGUCUUUGACCGAAAUGAGUGGAAGCGGAAAACGGAGCCUCACCCGAUCACCGACAGCCACGUCCUGUCACUUAUAGCCAGCGAGGAGGGCGGUCACGGCGAGGGGAAGCUGAGCACCUCAAAGGAGGAGAGCCUUCCUCCGCAGCAACGCCUCGUGAGGAGGAAUUCUUAUCCCAAUGCGGAGAGGUCCACCCCCAAGCCCACCUUGGCGUGUGACAUUUCCAUCAAAAAAGGCAAUAAGGAAAACCUGAAAACUCCGAAUAAAGAAGACCGAGAAAGACCCGGCAUGGCCACCCAGCCUGGUAGCGCCAUCGUCACAAAGAACGCUUUGCACACAAGUCACAACCCAAAAAGCGCCAGCACCGCCAAUGGCCCGUUUUCAGCGAGCAAGGGGCAACAGCCAGUCUUCAAUACAAAGGGCCUUGUCCCCAAAUUUCCUCACAUCCCCAUGUCUUUAAAAAUCGGUCCCAGUAAAGCCACUCCUGAGGGACUGGGGAAAGCAGAAGGAACUGGUCAGGAGCCAAAGAGCACGGCAGCCUGCGAUUCUGAGAAUUACCUCACAAUACCAGUCAAGCCUCACCCAAGCGAUGCCAAAGCAGCACCUGGCAGCCAAGAGCAGAGCUCCGGGUACUUGUUCACAACCCCUGGGGUCAGGACCCACGACGCCAGCCCCAGCCACUCUGAUUUCAAGAGACUGGAAGACACCCGUCAGUCGCCCAAGAGAUCUUCUGUUGUCAUGGAGACACGGUCCCCAGAGACCCCUACUGCCACCAUCUACCAUCACUCCCUGCCCAUCGCCAUGUCUGGCGUUCAGCCGCAGGUAAUCUGCUUCUCACCAUCAGUGCCACCUGCGCCAGCAAUUGAGCCGUUUCAGCCGACUCAGCGGAAGAUGCUGCUGGACCCCACGACUGGCCACUACUACCUGGUCGACACCCCCGUCCAGCCGGCUACCAAACGGCUGUUUGAUCCCGAAACCGGGCAGUAUGUUGACAUCCCGAUGCCACAGCAGCCAGUCACCCCAGUGCCUGUGCCAGUCUCACCAAUAGCCCUAAGUCCUGGGGCCUAUGGCACAACAUACAUGAUAUACCCCAGCUUUCUACCCACAACUACGGUUUUGCCAGCCAGGACUUUGCACACUCAGUUAUCUUCUCAUUCCGAGGGAGACGACGUGGACAAGACAAACAGCAAAGAAGGUGCCCAGUCCGGGACAACGGGGGACGUGGCGUACAUGGAGAGCCCUUACUACUUCGCCACGGGGAAGUCUGUGCCCGUGCAAACUACCAUGCAACAUGUAACGGCGCGGGCACCCAAGGGACUGUCGGAAGGGAAGCCUGUCAUUAGCAUAACAUCACAGCAAGGUCCAAGAAUCAUCGCCCCGCCAUCGUUUGACGGCACCACUAUGAGCUUUGUGGUGGAGCACAGGUGAAGACACCCUGGAGAGAUGCAAGUUAUGAAGAACGAUUAUCCAGCUUGAAGAAGACGACUACCUGCCACUAAAGCUUCCAGCACAUCCAAUGGAUUGGAUUCCCUUUUUUGUUUCUUUUGUCCUCUGUCUGUCGCAGCAUGCCUACAUUUCAGGAUUUGCACACAUACUGACCAUUAAUUCUCUCUUUUGAUCCUUGUACACAUUUUUUCGGAUUACAUUGAACAUCCUGCCCUUUGUUAAUGUUGAAAAAGAAACAAAUGAGUAAUGGGGGAAAAAGCGUAGCUGUUUUCUACAAUGAUUUCUUACAUAAAGUCGCGCUUUGCAGAGCUUUACCUCUGUGUGAUGUUUUAACUUCACCUCAGAUUUAGUAAAACAUGAAGGACCUCUUGAAGUGAAAUAUCUAAAAUAUAGAGUGUGUACAGAAUAAUCACGUGAGACCCCCACCCAGGCCGUGGUCUAUGAGCCAUGACAGUGCCAUAUAAGUGAACUGAAUUGAUAAAACUGAAAGAUGUGAAGUCAAUAUCCACGUGUCCACAAGUCUGCACGGCCACUUGCUUUGUGCCAAACGUUUUUACUAGAACAACAUAACGUGGGUCUAAAUGAAGUCACUGGUUUUGGGCCUGUUUUCACUUUCAUUGUUAGUUAGAAUGUCGAGUGUCUCUUUUGAAAUGUUGUGCAUUUGCAAGUGUGAACAUUGAAGUAGCGCUUUUUCCCAACAUUUUAUUUGAUUUGCUCCGUCACACACAUACACAGACAGGAGCUUCACUGGGUUAGAAAAGGACGCCACCUGGACAGAGCAUGGCUCCUUACUGUUUGCUACGCUUUACCAGGGUUAUCCCGUAAACAUCGUCGACUUUGUUUUCUGCUUUUAUUUUCAGUUCAUUUAAAUCUUUAAGAAUUCAGUAUUUAUAAGACAGCUUGGAGUCAUAUUUGACCGGAAUGAACAGCACGCCAUUGCACAUAUUUCUAAAAUUCACAGAAUAAAAGAGGAGUUUUGUACGUAAGACGAUGGGACAAAGGACACUGUCGUUUAUACUCACCUAGUCCACUGCCAUGAAGUACCAAAGCUGAACACUCACUUUGUUUUCUGUAUAAAGUCCCCGAUGACAGCCACCGUCCAACCUGAGUGACAAUCCUUCACUCCAUUCACUUUAUAUUCAUAAAGAACGAGAGGGACUUUUAUUUUAUUUUUGACGUGGGAAUCACCAAAGUGUGCCAAGUUUGUAUUACUGCAAAGGCCGUGCAGUACACAGCUAAUAACAUCUAGAAUGUACACAACAAGUUUACUUUUGUAUCUGUCAGGCCCUCACGGUCAGUUUCUAAAUGUAUUGAACCUGAAAGCGUUUUGACUUUUUAAAUUUACAAACAGCAUCUCCCUGUUUGUCGUUUGGGGCAGACAGCAUCACUUGUCGGACGCCCUCACCUGAUCCACUCCAUAGGUCAGCACGUCAGGCUUGGUGAGACAUUUGUGAAUUCAUGCGAGGUUUGGCAGGACCCGAGAGAUAUCGACACACUUUAUUUUUUUUUCCAUGAGUUUCUUCCCUGGGGUCAGUGAUUGAUGUUCAGGACACAAGCCAAUCUCACCUGCUCCUGCGCUGUGACGUGUGAAUGCGCCUCACUACACUCCGCUUCUGCAACUGAGAGCUCGUAUGGCGAAGACGCCAUAAGCAUCUGAAAGAGAUAAAUGGAGUUAUGCAGACAUGAUGGAUGCAUAUUCUUGCACUUUUCCCUGUCUUUAACCCUCUGGACUCCAAUCGUAGUACAGAUAAGGACCAGAAUGGGUAAAAUGGAGGGUGCAUACCUGAGUGAAGGCAAAGGGAGCUGCAGAAGAUGUAGGCAGGCGUAUCAGUAGCUCAGUCAGAGAGCUACGGUAGUCACAGUUUAUCAAAGGGGUUUUCAGAAAAUGGCAGCUAGUGUCUGGAUAUUAUGACCCCAGGGAUCCU